AUGUCUUUUAUUUGUGGAGAGGUUGGUAGUCUAACUGCUCUAUCAGAGAGGUUAAAGAGGUCAGAGGCGGAUCUUCGGAGACAGAUUCAAGACAAGGAGAAAAUUAUUUCACAGGUUAGAGAAGAUCUGGAAACAAGAUUAGGUGCAUUGCAAACAGAGCUUGCUGAAGGAAAUUUGUCCCGUUGCAAGGCUGAGAGAGAACUUAAUUCUGCUAAACUAAGAUUUGAACGUGAAUGUGGGGAGGUGAAGCUGGAAUGUGAAAGAUUACAGGCCGAGUCAAAAAGCUUCAGAGAGAGGUUGCGUGAGACUGAGGAUCAGCUGUUGAAAUGCCGGAAGGAGAAUAUUCACCUCGUGGAGAGUGUAGGAGAUCUAGAAACACAAGUUCUUAUACAGACAAGGAGCAAAGAAAGAAUUGAACGUGAGGUUGCCGAAUUGAAGGAUGAUGAGAAAAGAGAGAUUUCCCAUCAGAUCCACCAGCUCAAGCAGGACCAGGAGUACAGGGAGAAUAUACUCAAGGAGCAGAUUAAGCACAAAACAGAACUUAUGAACAACCAGAGCAAACUUGUUGGUGAAUUACGUCAUGAAUGCGAGGAGCUGACCGGACGCCUAGCUGCACAAUCACAAAUAUGGAACAACGAAAAGAACAAAUUAGGAAUAAAUAUUUGGUUUGAUAAUUGUUCUCCCUUUUUGUUGUAA